AUGGCCGGGCCCCCCGGCCGCGUCCACUUCGCCAUCGACCGCGGCGGCACCUUCACCGACGUCUUCGCGCAGUGUCCAGGGGGGCGCGUGCGGGUGCUGAAGCUGCUGUCCGAGGACCCCGCCAACUACGCCGACGCGCCCACCGAGGGCAUCCGCCGCGUCCUGGAGCAGGAGGGCGGCGUGCCGCUGCCCCGGGACCGGCCCCUGGACACCGGCCGCAUCGGCAGCAUCCGCAUGGGCACCACCGUGGCCACCAACGCGCUGCUGGAGCGCACAGGGGCGCGCGUGGCCCUGCUGGUGACGCGCGGCUUCAGGGACCUGCUGCACCUGGGCACCCAGGCCCGGCCGGACCUCUUCGACCUGGCCGUGCCCAUGCCCCAUGUGCUGUAUGAGGAGGUGCUGGAGGUGGACGAGCGCGUGGUGCUGCACCGAGGCGAGCCAGGCGCCGGGUCUCCGGUCAAAGGCUGCACUGGGGACCUGCUGGAGGUGCAGAAGCCUGUGGACCUGGAGCGCCUGCGGGGGCAGCUGGAGGGGCUCCUGGCGCGGGGCAUUUGCAGCCUGGCUGUGGUGCUUAUGCACUCUUAUGCGUGGGCGCAGCAUGAGCAGCAGGUGGGCGCACUGGCCCGAGAGCUGGGCUUCCGACACGUGUCGCUGUCGUCUGAGGUCAUGCCCAUGGUACGAAUUGUCCCUCGGGGCCACACAGCCUGCGCUGACGCCUACCUCACACCAGCCAUCCAGCACUACAUGCAGGGUUUCUGCCGGGGCUUCCAGGACCAGCUCAAGAACGUGCAGGUGCUGUUCAUGCGCUCGGAUGGCGGCCUGGCACCCAUGGAUGCCUUCAGCGGCUCCCGGGCCGUGCUCUCUGGUCCCGCUGGAGGCGUGGUGGGCUACUCGGCCACCACGUACCAGGCAGAGGGUGCGAAGCCUGUCAUCGGCUUUGACAUGGGAGGCACAUCCACCGACGUAAGCCGCUAUGCUGGUGAGUUUGAACACGUCUUUGAGGCCAGCACAGCUGGGGUCACGCUUCAGGCCCCCCAGCUCGACAUUAACACGGUGGCUGCUGGGGGGGGCUCCCGCCUCUUCUUCAGGUCAGGCCUUUUUGUGGUGGGGCCUGAGUCCGCUGGUGCACACCCUGGCCCUGCCUGCUACCGCAAAGGUGGUCCUGCCACUGUGACGGAUGCCAACCUGGUCCUGGGCCGUCUGCUGCCCUCCUCCUUUCCCUGCAUUUUCGGGCCUGGAGAGGACCAGCCACUGUCCCCCGAGGCAUCCAGAAAGGCCUUAGAGGCUGUGGCCGCUGAGGUCAACAACUUUCUGACCCAGGGGCCUAGUCUGGCCACUCCGCUGAGCCUGGAGGAGGUGGCCAUGGGCUUUGUGCGAGUAGCCAACGAAGCCAUGUGCCGGCCCAUUCGGGCCCUCACGCAGGCCCGGGGUCAUGACCCCUCAGCCCACGUGCUGGCCUGCUUUGGGGGAGCCGGCGGGCAGCACGCCUGCGCCAUCGCCCGUGCCCUGGGUAUGGACACUGUGCACAUUCACAGGCACAGUGGGCUGCUUUCUGCCCUGGGACUGGCCCUGGCCGACGUGGUGCACGAGGCCCAGGAGCCCUGUGCCCUGGCCUAUGUGCCUGAGACCUUUGCACAGCUGGACCAGAGGCUCAGCCGGCUGGAGCAGGAAUGUGUGGAUGUUCUGCAGACUCAGGGCUUCUCCAGGUCCCAGAUCAGCACAGAAUGUUUCCUGCACCUGCGUUACCAGGGCACAGACUGUGCGCUCAUGGUCUCGGCACGCCAUCAUCCAGCCACCGAGUCCUCUCCGCGCUCUGGCAACUUCGGGGUGGCCUUUGUGGAGAGGUACAAGAGGGAAUUUGGCUUCGUCAUUCCCGAGCGGCCUGUGGUGGUGGACGAUGUGCGGGUAAGGGGUACCGGCCACAGCGGCCUCCGCCUUCAAGACACCCCCAAAGUACAGACUGGACCGCCCCGAGUUGACAAGAUCACCCAGUGCUACUUUGAGGGCGGGUACCAGGAGACCCCUGUGUACCUGUUGGGAGAACUGGGCUUUGGGCACAAGCUGCAGGGUCCCUGCCUGAUCAUCGACAGUAACAGCACCAUCUUGGUGGAACCGAGCUGCCAGGCGGAGGUGACAGAGACGGGGGACAUCCGUAUUUCCGUGGGGGCUGAGGCCUCCUGCGCAGUGGGUGCCCAGCUGGACCCCAUCCACCUGUCGAUCUUCUCUCAUCGGUUCAUGAGCAUCGCUGAGCAGAUGGGCCGAAUCCUGCAGCGAACGGCUAUCUCCACCAACAUUAAGGAGCGCCUGGACUUCUCCUGUGCCCUCUUUGGGCCGGACGGGGGCCUGGUCUCCAAUGCCCCUCAUAUACCCGUGCACCUGGGUGCCAUGCAAGAGACGGUGCAGUUCCAGAUCCAGCACCUGGGUGCUGACCUCCACCCCGGAGAUGUGCUGCUGAGCAACCACCCCAGUGCCGGGGGCAGCCACCUGCCCGACCUGACAGUGAUCACGCCGGUGUUUUGGCCAGGCCAGAGCAGGCCUGUGUUCUAUGUGGCCAGUCGUGGGCACCACGCGGAUAUCGGGGGCAUCACACCUGGCUCCAUGCCCCCGCACUCCACCUCUCUGCAGCAGGAGGGCGCUGUCUUCCUGUCCUUCAAGCUAGUGCAGGGUGGUGUCUUCCAGGAGGAUGCCGUGACCGAGGCCCUGCGGGCACCAGGCAAGAUCCCCGGCUGCAGUGGGACCCGGAACCUGCACGACAACCUGUCAGACCUGCGCGCGCAGGUGGCAGCCAACCAGAAGGGCAUCCAGCUGGUGGGAGAGCUCAUCGGGCAGUACGGCCUGGACGUGGUGCAGGCUUACAUGGGCCACAUUCAGGCCAACGCGGAGCUGGCUGUCCGGGACAUGCUGCGGGCAUUUGGCGCUGCUCGGCAGGCCCAGGGCCUGCCCCUGGAAGUGUCUGCCGAGGACCACCUGGACGACGGCUCUCCAAUCCGGCUCUGCGUGCAGAUAGACCUGAGCCAGGGCAGCGCCGUGUUUGAUUUCAGCGGCACCGGGCCCGAGGUGUUUGGCAACCUGAACGCCCCACGGGCCAUCACGCUGUCCGCCCUCAUCUACUGCCUCCGCUGCCUGGUGGGCCGAGACAUUCCACUGAAUCAGGGCUGCCUGGCGCCGGUGCACGUUGUCAUUCCCAGAGGCUCCAUCCUGGACCCAUCCCCUGAGGCCGCCGUGGUGGGUGGCAAUGUGCUGACGUCCCAGCGAGUGGUGGACGUCAUCCUGGGCGCUUUUGGAGCCUGCGCUGCUUCCCAGGGCUGCAUGAACAACAUAACCCUGGGUAAUGCCCACAUGGGCUACUAUGAGACGGUGGCAGGCGGCACAGGCGCAGGUCCCAGCUGGCACGGACGUAGCGGUGUGCACAGUCACAUGACAAACACACGCAUCACCGACCCUGAAAUCCUGGAGAGUCGGUACCCAGUCAUCCUUCACCGCUUUGAGCUGAGACCAGGGUCCGGUGGCCGCGGGCGUUUCCGGGGUGGCGAUGGCGUGGUUCGGGAGCUUGUCUUCCGAGAGGAGGCCCUGCUGUCCGUGCUGACGGAGCGCCGUGCCUUCCAGCCCUAUGGCCUGCACGGGGGUGAGCCGGGUGCCCGUGGCCUCAACCUCCUUAUCCGCAAAGACGGCCGCACAGUGAAUCUGGGAGGGAAGACCUCGGUGCCUGUGUACCCCGGGGACAUGUUCUGCCUCCACACCCCAGGCGGGGGAGGCUAUGGAGACCCCAACGAGCCCGCACCAGUGCCACUGGGCUCAGUCUCACAGCCCUCAACCUUCACGGAGCGUGGCAGCGUCUACGAUUACCGAAGGGCCCAGGAAGCUGUGUGAGACCUUCCAGUAAAGUUCCCUGUGACUG